AUGGCCCUCUGUGUCCGGUAUAUCCAGUCGCAUAGAACCACAAGACGAGGCGGUCGUACAGAGUCUCCCGCAUACACAGACAUCGGUCGAGCAGGGGCUCCCGAUUCACAACGAGACGGUCGAACAGAGGGGCUCCCGAUUCACAACGAGGCGGUCGAACAGGGGUUCCCGCACACACGGACUUCGGUCGAGCAGGGGUUCCCGAGUUCUAGCGAGGCGGUCGAGCAGGGGCUCCCGCAUACACACACAACGGCCGAGCAUAGGCUCCCGAUUGUAAACGAGGUGGUCGAGCAGAGGCUCCCACAUACAUCUGAGGCGGUCGACGACGAGCUCCCGCCUCUUAUCGACGAGAAUGAACGGGCUGUGGACUUAAAUGUGAACGACGUGGUGGAGACAGAGCUCCCACGUCUAGCGGGGGGGUACUUCAUCCUCCAGCGACAGCGACGUUCCAGCCUCGAGCAGUGGCUCAAGACGCAAGAGAAAGCGUAA